CAGAGAGUGUUCUGGGGGCAGCCCGCAAAUAUUGCCACGCUUCUGGCGCCAACAUAGCAUGCCCACAACUUCCUAACCCAUGUGUCUUUUGAAAUAUGGGAGGAAACCGGAGCACCCGGAAGAAACCCACGCAGGCACGGGGAGAAUGUACAAACUCCUUACAGACAGCAGCGGGAAUUGAACCCGGGUCACUGGCGCUGUAAUAGCAUUAAGCUAACUGCUACACUACCCUCAGUCAGUUUCAUUCAUUUAUUCAUCAAGCUGUAUUUUGCUAAGACAGAAUGUCAGAAAUUCUUCAAUCCCCAGAUCAUCCAGCCAACAUCAAGUUGUCUGAGAUGUGCACCAGUGCAGACAAUAAGAAACAAUCCCCAUAUUCAGUGGAAACCCCUUAUGGAUUUCGUCUGGACCUGGACUUUCUGAAAUAUGUUGAUGACAUAGAGAAAGGAAAUACCAUCAGGAAGGUUUACAUACACAAGAAAGCCAAGCAACCAAAAUAUAGCACAUUGCCAAGAAAUUUCAGUGUCACUGAUACUCAUUUCUCCUCAUCUGAUUCUUAUUCCUGUGGGAGGUAUGGGGACAAAUGGAAGAUCACGUCUUCCCAGGCACCUACGAAUAGACGUAAAGGGGCCAAUAUGCAGGAACUAUAUAAAAGUUCUCCAUGUAACAAUGAUCCAGCAUUAUCACAACCCGAAGUGUAUGAUUGCAGAUCAGGAAAGACUUUAUCUGAUGCCAGGGAAAGUUUGGGGGAGAAUGGGCUAUCUCCCCAAAGCUGGCUAAAACCUCCUUUUCUAAGGGCAUCAAGUGUGCCAGUUGAUUUCAAGGAGUUGAGUUUUGAAGAACAACAUCAAAUCCUUUCCGUGUCCCAGCAGAAAUUAAAAUUAUCAAAAAAUUAUGGGUUCAGUACACCAGGCAAUGCAGUUAUCCAGGAGAACUGCACCACCACUGAAAUUGCACCACAGUUGAAUGUGACACCGACCGAGGUCCAUCAGCUACAGCGACAAGUAAAGAUUGCUCAAGAUAGAAGCAAAGAGAUGGAAGAGCAAGUAAAAACCAUUUCUGAACUUAAACAGCAAGUACUUGUGUUACAGGAAGAAAAUAAACAGCUCUGUCUUCAGUUGAAAAAUCAGCAGAAUGCAGUGCCAACUUCAAGUCCUCUCCUAGAGAGGAAAGAUGAUGAUAAUAGGGAUAAAACUGACUGUGUCACUGCAGGAAGUCAAAGUAGUUCUUCAGUAACAUCACUUGGAUCUGAAACAAUAGAAGGACAGACAUUAUGUCCAAGCAAGAGUACAACCUCUGAAUUCCCCAAGUCAGAUGAAAAAUUUCAAAGUGAAAAGGUGAUCAACCUUGAUAAUCAAAUUAACUUUGCUUCAAAUGUUACUGUAAGUGGAAAUGAGAAGUUUGUUUGCAGUACCCACAAGGAAAUAUUUCAGAACUCUUAUGCUAUAGAAGAUAAUGAACACAGAUUGAGGGAUGUGGGUAUUCAAGUUACCAUGGAGGAUUUAGGGUUGGUACUUGUUCCACACCCCAGCACAGAGAGGCUUUCCAUCAAAGAACCAAGAACGAUGGUCUCCAUACAGGAUAAUCAGUUUAAAGGUGGAACUCAGGAACAUAAGUUGGAAGAGGUAGAUGUGGUUCCCAAGGAUAAUACAAUUAUUCUCUCCUCAAAUAAACUGGAAGACUCAGCUGCACAUUUUGAAAGGAAAUGUACCCUAGACCAAACUGAGGUACAUGGUACAAGUACCCAGCCUGGAAAUCAAAGUAAUCUGGGUGUCACUGAACCAGAAGUUGGACUCCUAGAUCCAAAUGAAUCAAAACAAAUGUGCAAAUAUGAUAUCAAGCCAGACCUGCGACCAGUCACCCAGUCAGUAGAUUGUGGAGAUUGUAGUGCAAAUGUAACAGACACAAAUUUAAUAGAGACACGAAGUUUAGGGGUCAAUACGGAUCACAUCACCAUCAGCGAUGCAGGUGCUAUGGCGGCUGUUGAAACAAGUGAGAAAGCAACAGAUGCUACAGUCAGGGUGUGCAGCAAGGCUGUUGAGACUGAGCGUGACUCAUCUUUGCACUGCAUAUGUCACAUGACCAGUAAGUUUAGCAAGGUGAACAAAGAACACACUGCGGUGUAUGAUGACAAUAGAGAGUGUGAUUCUGAGAGUCUGAAGAACACAAAGAGCUGUUCUGCUGAGGGGAGCAAUGCUGUGAAGGACAAAAAGAAAGAAUGUCCAGUUGCUGUCGAAAGCCAAGGCAGUGUAUAUGAAAAAGAUGAUUCCCAAGAUGCUUUCCAUGCCUUCCUUCAGCCUGAAUCCCAGAUAAUUUCAACAAAGCCUGAAUUAGCCCAAAGUAUUAAAAAGGUUGAGGAUCUUUUGUGCAAACAGCAAUCUUUUUUGGAGCAAAACUAUCCUGAGUUGGCACAGAACUUCAAAAAACUUUGUUCGAGUAUAGGGUCUCUCAGUAUUCAACUGAUAAAUUCUUUUCAGCCAUCAACUUUGUCACUUCCUACACUUGACCAAUCAGAAAAGAACUUUGCUAAAAAGAAAUGUGAACCAGAAGUCAAAACUGUGCAUCGUGCAGAGCCAGUGCCAUCAUCCUCUGAACCUUUGGACCUCAGGACUGAUCUCCAGCCAGAAAUGUGCAUCAGUGAUGCAGCUGUGCUUCAGUCCACAUCUCUUAAAUCUAUUAUGAAAAAGAACAGUGGAAAUGUCAAAUCAAGUGGUGCUUCAGCCAAAAAAAAUCUUCAGUUUAUUGGGGUAAAUGGCGGUUAUGAAACCACGUCAAGUGAAGAAUCCAACUCGUCAGAAGGAGGUUCGGACAGUGACUCAGAUAAGGAUGGUGUCAACACAGAAAAUCAGAUCCAACAUACUGACGUCAAAGCAGAAUUAUCGAAGGAUACAGAGAGAACAGGAUAUGAAGAAAUCCAGCCAUCAGCAAGGGAUGCUACAGUCACCAUUAUGCAACACUGCACUAAAAGCCAUGAAUGGAAGCCAAGCUUUUUCUCGGCUUGUCAAAACCUAAAGGAUCACCUCAGCGAGUUGGGAACCACAAAUGACAAAGGCGUGAUGCAGAAUUUGAACACAGUUCAGUGGGAAUGGUUCAGGAUUUCCAGUCAGAAAUCUGCAGCUUCUGACAGAGUUCAAGCCUUUCUCCAAGAACUCCAAGAAAUGUCGCCAGAACUACUUCACUUUAUUGUGAACUUAGCAGAUGACAAUCAGAACACUGCCCUCCAUUACAGUGUCUCCCACUCCAACUUCCACAUUGUGAAACUCCUCCUGGACACAGAUAUGUGCAACGUAGACCAUCAGAACAAGGCGGGAUACACUGCCACCAUGCUAGCUUCGCUGGCUUCUGCUGAAACCGAUGAGGAGGUGGCGGUGGUUAUGCAACUUCUUCGUUUGGGCAAUGUCAAUGUUCAAGCCAGUCAGGCAGGGCAGACAGCACUAAUGCUGGCUGUCAGUCACGGAAGGAUUGACAUGGUCAAAGCUCUCCUGAACAGUGGGGCCGAUGUGAAUAUCCAAGAUACUGAUGGAUCUACAGCCCUUAUGUGUGCGAGUGAGCAUGGUCAUGUGGAGCUUGUUAAACUCCUUUUGGCUCAGCCUGGAUGUAACUCAGCACUAACCGAUAAAGAUGGCAGCACUGCUAUGAACAUUGCUCUGCAAGCUGGCCAGAAGGAUAUAGCUGAGCUGUUGAGCAUCCACAUGAAUAGUGGCAUCUCUCCCACUCUUUGAUUUACAUUCACUGCUGCUUCCCUUAAUUACUCCACAAUCAGAAACAGACAGUAAUGACACUUAUUAACAGCUGUAACACUGCUUCCUCACAACUCCAAACCACUUAUUGAAAAAAUCUUUCAGCCCUUUGAACGAAGCAAGUUAUCCUCGUAUUUAGAAUCAUACCUUAAUUUCUACUCAAAAAUCACCUAUUUAAAAGUUGUUGAUGGAUACUGUCAAAAAAAAGCAUACCUGACGUUUGCAGCAUAAGGUCUAUAAGCUUUUUUAUGCAAUAUUUCUGCUUCAAACAGAAUAGACAUUAAUUCUGAAGUGCAUGUAUGUUGCCAAUUAACGCUGUACCUUUCAGUGCCAUUAUAGUGGAGAGCCUUAAAAAGAGAAUUUGCAUAUUAGAUUAUGCAAAUCCCAUUUAAUUUCAAUUCUGAUAAAGUUAAUCAAGUACAGCUGUCACUGGAACAAAAAAUAUCAUCUGCUUUUACACUAAUAUGCUUUAAGAAUAUUAUGCUUGCAAUAUCUUCAAAUUCAUGUCCAUUACAAAACUUGAUCAGAAAACAGAAUGAGUUGGUGCGAAUUUACUGCCAUUGAGCUUAAAUGAGAUGGUUUUAAGAACAACUAUAGUGUUAUGGUAUUUUGGGUUUUAUUGGCUUUGUCUGAGAUGAAUCUUGUUAAUAUUCCAGAAGUAUUAUAAAUUAUGUCUGGUGUCCCGAUGUAGCAUUUAACACCAGCUAACAUUAAAUCUAAAUUUAUUGCCAUCAUUGUUUGUAGUAAUAAUAAUAAGGAACAAUGAAGUUGUUGUUUACCUUCUGUAGAAGGCCCUACCUUGCAAUGAAUCGAUCUUGAGUCGGCAAUCAGAUGGAACAAUCAUAAUAGUGAUUUUUAACCUUUCGUAAUUUGUUAUAUAUUACAAAUCAUGGGAGUCAAUUUGGUGAUUGAACAGCCUCAUUCAGUCAUUAAAGGAAAUUUUUUAGCUGUCAAAAUAGUGGUUUCAGUCAAAGAAGACAUUUAGCUGGUCCAUUAAUUGGAAAGGUACUCUGUCCAUAUGUAGGCCUCAAUGAGAUCUUUGCUCCUCUCUCCUUUCAUUUUCCCUUGUGCUUUUACUCUCUCUCUCUCUCUCUCUCUCUCUCUCUCUCUCUUGCUCUUCCCCUUCCUCCACUAUCUUCCUCUCUUUGUCUAUUUUUCUGCAUCUGCGAGGCAGAGAUAGUAUUGCUUUUCUCAUUUCCUUAGUCUUCCUGAAAAUCUGCCCUCAGUAAUUCAUGUAAAAUUAUUUUGUGUAUGAUAAACCGUGUAUUGAUUGGCAGAAGAAAACAAAAGUAGGAGUAGGCCGCCUGUCCCACCAUUCAAUAUUAUCAUGGCUGAUCAUGCUUCAAAUGUGAGAGACCCUUUCAGUCCACCCCUCUUGGAGAUAGAAGAGCAGAUUCGGCAAGAAGUUUACAUGUCAGUCACUGGGUAGUAUUUUUAUCAAUGAAUCAGUAAAUUGUGGAUUUAAAUCCUACAUCCUUGUUUCACUUCAAUGCAUUGUUGAGGUGCCAUCUCUUUGAAGGAACAUCUAACUUGCACCUUGUCAAGCAGAGCCUGGACACCUGACUGUAGGCCAACUGGACCCUAUUGUGUGUGUCGGAUUGUGGUCAGGAAUCAAAAAAUAAUACAAGUUCUUGGGCCAGGUCUGGUUCAGAUUACCUAUGUUCAGGUGGACAUUAAUUUUAUAGCUAAACAGAUCUGUCAACCAUCUCUAAUGGGAGUUGGAGAUUAUAUAGCUCAACAAAGAAAACCAAGGCUUUACUCCCUAGUGGAAAGACCAAUAUUUGUUCUAAGUUAACAUCAUAGAAACAAAUUUUCUACUUGUUAUUUGUGUGUGGAAUCUUCCUGUGUGCAAAUUAGCUGCUAUAUUUUCUCUUGUGACAAUGAAGAUUCAAAAACUUCUUCAUUGGGACCUUCUGAGGUUAUAGAAUGCUCUGGCUUUCUUUCUGUGUUAAAACGUUUAGUUCAUAUUACCACUGAAUCAAAUAUUGGACAAUGAAGGUACACUUUAGAUCUUGGAAAUCAUGAAAUAUAAUUAAGGAAGAGUGACUGAAAAUAUUCAGUCCAAGAAAGUAUCUAAAUGCAGAUUUGCAUUAUUCGUAGCAGGUGCCCCAAAUGUAACUAGAAUAUUUUUACGCAUUUUUAAAGUGGGGUAACACCAUCCUUGUUUGAGAGCAAUUGCCUUAUUUUGAGUCUGAAUAAAAUCCGAAGAAUUUUUAGGAAAGGGCAGUAAUUGGUCUAACAAUUACGUUUCUUUUAGAUUUCAUCUGCAUGCAAUUGCCUUCUCACUAUACAAUCCCUAAAAGCCACUUAUACUGAGGAGAUCAAGCAUGUACUGGCCACAAAUUUGUAUCCAUUAAUAUGCAGAGAUUCAUGUAUGACAUGUCCAUAGUUUCUGAAUAUGCAGGGCCAGCUGGCCACACUUCUGCUGGAACUUCAUAUACAUAAAAUCAGCUCAUAUAAUUAUAGAAACACAUCAAGUUUCCUUCUGAGCCUAUUUAUGCAGCACACUUUAAUGGCCUUCCUUUGUAGACCACAGUUGCUUUGUCCAAAAAAAAGCCUGAUUAUGUCUCAGUUUGAAUUUGUGUUCCUUCAUUACAGUAAAUAUUUUUUAAUCCUUCUUUAUAAUCUUUGUCUUCAAUUUGAUUUUUCCUAUUCCAGAUGAAGAGUGAAGAUUGAAAAAGGUGACUUAUUAAAAUAAUGGCUUCUGCUUCAAUAUAAAUGUCAGUGAAUCCUAAAGUCAAAUCAAAGAAAUGUUCCUUGAAAUGCAAUGCUAAUAGUUAGCACAAUGGCAAUUUCAAUAGAUAUUUGGAAACAUUUCUUCAUUUGUUGCAAACAUAGAAUGGAUUUGAUGUAAAGUGUACUGAUGCACAUCACAUCACUCGCAUAACUAGCACACAGCUAUACAUCUGCAUCUCCCACAAGCACUUUGUUAUUGAAGUAUCUUCACUUUAAUGGGAGAUGACUAAAGCAUUUGACUGGCAGGUAAUAUUUGUAUUGUAAUUAAGAAUGAUUGAUUUAUUUUUAAAUCUGUUCAUAAAACAAGUCAUUAUGAUUCAAAGUAAUUGCUUGCAUAUUAAAAAAUUUUUUACAUGUUACUAAAAUAAUAUGCUUAUCAUUGAAAAUCUUUGGAAAUGUUUUCAUGUGACUGAACUGUUCCUUUUCAUUCAAAUUGUCUGAGGUGACAACAAAAGAAUAACAGUACAAAAUAAAUCUUACUUUAGAAUCAGGUUUAUUAUCAGUGACAUGUGUCGUGAAAUUUGUUGUUUUGUGGCAGCAGUGCAGUGCAAACCAUAAAAAUUACUAUAAGUUACAAAAAUAAAUAGUGCAAAAGAGGAAUAACAAGGCAAUGUUCAUGGGUUCAUGGACUGUUCAGAAUCUGAUGGCAGAAGGGAAGAAACUGUUCCUGAAACAUUGAGUGUGGGUCUUCAGGCUCCUGCACCUCCUCCCCGAUGGUAGUAACAUGAAGAGGGCAUGUCCCAGAUGGUGAGGGUCCUUAAUGAUAGAUGCUGCCUCCUUGAGGCACUGCCUUGAUGACGGAGAGGGUUGUGCUCGUGAUGGACUGACUGAAUCUACAACCCUCUGCAGCCUCUUUCGAUCCUGCGCAUUGGAGCCUCCAUACCAGACAGUGAUGCAACCAGUCAGAAUGCUCUCCACUAUACAUCUGUAGAAUUUUGCAGGAGUCUUUGGUGACAUACCAAAUAUCCUCAAACUCCUUAUGAAAUAUGAGGCCUUCUAAGGCGUAUACCAUUUCUGUGAGGUAGCAAAUCAUUUCUGGUCCUCUUCAAGAACGGUUCUGGCCAAUUAUAAGAAUAUUUGGUCUCUACUUGUUAAUCCCACUCCAAGGAUGUAUGCAAAUCUGGGAAUGCAGGCUGAAAAUGUUACCUGCACCUCUGUAGGAUGAUCACAUGCCUAUUAGCAGAAACAGAUUUUGUUUGUUAAAUCAUAGAUUUUGGAACAAGGCCAUUAGUUGUGGGAUCUUUUAAAGAGCAACCAAUUGGAAAAUCUUUCAAACUGUCCAAUUAGUCCCACACAGCUAUGUUUUUCCAUAGCUUUGCAAAUUUGUUGAGUAAAAUUCUCUUCUGAAAGUUGCCACUGAGUAUCUGAACUUUCAGACAGUAAAUCCCAGGUCACAGUAUGCAGUCUAAAAAUAUUCUCCAUGUUUUUUCCCCAUGCUUGGAUUGCUGAAUGUUUAACUAUUGCAUUAAAAUAUCUAAUUUAAUCAGAAUUUCCAAACCACACCAGGCUCUUCAGAUGGUUGUAUAGGUUUGCCUUUCUAAAGCUCCAAAAAUUUAAAUGAUUGUCAUUGUUGAUAUAUCUGUCAAAAAGGGCACUAAUUGAAGAUUUAUUUGUUUAGUAAAUGAAACCAUUGACACGUGUUCAUAAAGCACUGAUGCCUUUUUAAAGAAGCCUUGUAUCACCUUAAAUUAAGUGAUAUAAGAGAUGUGUUUUAAUUUUAAUACAAGUAGAAAUGUAUUCUAAUUUCAUUUAUAAAUAUUAAUUUGAAGAGGUAGGCUGUAUUGUCAUUGCAUGGAACAAUGGUUUAUGUUAUUCAGUCAUCAUAUCCAUGUAGUGAA